AUGGCCGCAGACCUGCGCCACCAGCUCGGCGCCGCCAUCCCGCGACCCCACUGCCCGCACGCCGCCGCCGUCGCCGCCUACCGCUCCGCCCUCGACAACCUCGAGUCCAUCUCGGCCGCCCCCAUCCCGGCCGCGUCGCACGGCCACCGCAACCACCUCGAGCACCUCGAGCAGAGCUUCCUCGCCAUCCCCUCGGCAAAGGGCGCGCGCGACGCCCUCGAGCGUUACACCCGCCACGCCCACUAUGCCGGACUCGACGCAGACUACCACCUCGCCCUCCAGGUCCUCGACGAGUGGGCCGGCCUCCUCGGCAUCGACCUCCCCGACAACCGCACCCAGCUCGUCUUUGACGCCGGCUCCAACGAGAGCAAGGACCACGUCCAGGGCAAGGGCCAUGCCACCGGCCCGCGCGCCUGGACCGACACCUACUCGGUCUGGCUAAACUACCCCAUCAACUCGAGCCUCACCCUCUCCAGGCCCCGCCCCUCGGAUGGCGACGACGACCAACCGGCUCCCGAGCCCUACUUUACCGCCGCGCUCAAGGAGGACGUCCUCGACCAGGACCCCACCUCGGCCAAGGGCGUGCCCACCUUUCACGGCUACUCGGCCUCGGGCUCCGCCAGCGGCCAGAUCGUCUACGCCGGCAUGGGGCGCAGGGAGGAUUUUGACGGCCUCGCCGCCCGCGGCAUCGACGUCCGCGGCAAGGUCGUCCUCGUCUCCUACGGCGGCGUCUUCCGCGGCCUCAAGGUGCGCGCCGCCCAAGAGGCCGGCGCCGUCGCCUGCCUCAUCUACACCGACCCCAUCGAGGACGGCAACGUCACCGUCGGAAACGGCUACGCCGCCUACCCGGACGGGCCCGCGCGCCACCCGAGCGCCGUCCAGCGCGGAUCGGUCCAGGGCCUGUCGAUCUACCCGGGCGACCCGGCCACGCCCGAGAAGCCAUCCUACCGCAACGCCACCCGCCUCGACCCGGACACGGCCGACAGCCUGCCCAAGAUCCCCUCGCUGCCCCUCUCGUACCAGGACGCCCGCCCGCUCCUCGAGAGCCUCCGCGGCAAGGGCGUGCCCGCCCGCGACAUCAACGACCGCAUGCCCGGCGCGCUGCCGGGCAUCGAGUACUGGACGGGCCCCAGCGACGACGUCGCCCACGUCGAAAACCACGUCGACCUCGAGGUGCGCGACAUCUGGAACACGUACGCCGUGCUGCCGGGCCUCGUCGACUCCGAGGUCGUCAUCAUGGGCAACCACCGCGACGCGUGGACCUUCGGCGCCGCCGACCCCAACAGCGGCACCGCCGCCUUCCACGAGACCAUCAAGGGCCUGGGCGAGCUCUACAGGCGCGGCUGGCGCCCGCUGCGCACCAUCAUGUUUGCCUCGUGGGACGCCGAGGAGUACGGCCUGGUCGGAUCGACCGAGUUUGGCGAGGACCACGCCGAGUGGAUCCGCGACAAUGCCGUCGCCUACCACAAUGCCGACGUGUCGGUGUCCGGCUCCCAGUUCCACGCCUUUGCAUCGCCCUCGCUCGCCGGCCUGCUCCAGCACUCGGCCGCCAGCGUGGCCGACCCCAACGCCCAGGGCGGCGACGCCGGGACCGGGGCCGGGGCCGGGGCCAACAUCACGCUCGACACCGUCAGCCCGCUGGGCAGCGGCUCCGACUUUACCGUCUUCCUCCAGUACCUCGGCAUCGCCUCGACCGACAUGGGCUACUCGGCGCGCGCCGGCGGCACCGACCCCGUCUACAUGUACCACAGCAACUACGACAGCUUCUACUGGAUGGACAAGUUUGGCGACCCGGGCUUCCGGCGGCACGAGGCGGCGAGCAAGGUGCUCGGCCUCGCCGCCAUCCGCACCGCCGCCUCGCUGUUUUCGCCCAUCGACGUCAAGGCGUACGCCGCCAAGCUCGAGGCGUACCUCGACGACGUCGACAAGGUGGCGCGCGACGGCGACGGUGCGGGCGUCCUGGGCGGCAGGGUCGACGUCGACCUGCGCCGCGUGCGCCGCGCCAUCCGCCACGUGCUGGGCCGUGUGCGCCGGCUGAAUGAAAAGGUGCGCCUGUUUGAGCAGGGCUUCAUCGACCCGCAGGGCCUGCCCGGCCGGACGUGGUACAAGCACCUGGGCGUCGCGCCGGGCCGCUGGCUGGGCUACGGCGCCACGACGCUGCCCGGCCUGACCGAGUCCAUCACCCUCGAUGGCGGCAGGGGCGCGCAGCACGAGGCCGACCGCCUGGCCAAGCACCUCGAGGCCAUGGCUCGCCGGCUCCAGCGUCACUGA